UCUUCGCCUGACUCUCUUUCUCUCUCUCUCUCUCUCUCUCUCUCUCUGGUCCCGUUUACAAUCGCGCAUCGUGUCGUACGUCCUACGCCCAGUCGUCUCGACACUCUCGACUUAUGCUUUGCCACUGUGCGGGAAUACGUUUAAUUUAAAUGUUAUUAACGACGGACAAUCUUGAACGUAACUCUGGUUAGACUACACUUCUAUCGCGCGUGAUACGCGAGAGCGAGAAGAGAGAUUGUUAAACAAGUUUAUACAAAAUGGAAGGAGACGAUGGCCCUUCAGCCAUCGGUAACAAACCCACUGUCAUUAAAGCGGCACAAGAGGAGAUGGGACGGUUAGAUGUACUGGUAUGUGGACAGUGUCAUUCUGUCUUUCAUUUUAUGGAAGAGUUUCAAGAGCAUCGUACAAAGGAAGGAGUCUGCUCCAAAGCAUCACAUUUUCGUGAACUUAAUGACAAUGGACAAAAAGCACAGGUAUGGGCAUUUUUGUUAUGGAAAAAUACACAAGUUCAACAAGAAGGUUCGGACAAGGAUACGCCUAGUCCAUGGAAAUUAUAUCAGAAGUGGUGCGAGAUGGAUACUCAUGUGAAGGAAACGUGGGUCACUGCAGGGAAAACUAUACAAACUUUUACAAAAAUUAGUAACGCAAAGAUGCAGGAUACUCCGAUACAAAUUCAAUCGAGUACCAACGCCGAAGGUACCAAACCGAUAAUAGUUCGUAAAGUCAUCAGAAAUGGGCAACCAGAGGAAACGAGAGAAACUAAAAAGGAUACUGUGAAAUCACCGGAAAUAAAAAUAAACAAGAGUGAAUCGAUGGAAAUUGAAGUGGAUAAGAAAGAAAAACCGAAACCACGACUGAAGCCAUCGAUCAAGCCCAAAAGUAAAACUGGCAAGGCAGCUACUGAGGAAGACGCAGAUUUGAGCACCGAAGAAUAUGUCGUCGAAAAAAUUUUAGCCAAACGUUUUAAUCCAAAAAAGAGGUGUUCGGAAUAUUUAAUUAAAUGGGAUGGCUAUUCGCAGGAAAACAAUACAUGGGAGUCUGCAGAGGCUGUAGCAACUUGCAAAAAUAUGUUGGAAGAAUUUGAGCGGAAUCUCGCUAAGCAAAAGGAGCUUAAAGCAGCGCAACAGCAGUCUAACACGAGAGUCGUCGGGCGUGCUAGUUUGCCGGCGCAAAAAUCAGUGAUAAAAGUCGAGGCUAGUAAGCCUGGACCAAGCACGGCGGCUCAAGCGGGACGUCCGAUGCGGUCUAGUAAAUCAAAAGCGAUGGAUCAAGUGAAGCAAUGGUGUGGCUCAAUGAAAGACGAGGAUAACGAACUAUUGGGUAAAAGGAGAAUCGACGAUUCGGAAAGUGAUUCGGAAGAAGGUGGAAGCAGCGCAGCGAAGAGAACGAAAGGUGACACGGGUAGCGACGACGAAUGGACUGGGGAAUCUGAAGAUGAGAGACUGAUCGGCCGUAGCGACAUGAUUCAACGUGCAUUCAAUCGCGCUAACGCGCAAUCCAAUGGAUCCAACAGAGCCUCGAUUUCAUCCAGCGAUCUGGCAACGUCAUUGGGCUUACAAUCUCCAGAUGGAACGAAAUCUAGCCAGCCGCCCGUUUUAGUGGCUAGCGCUAAGGGAGUUGUUAAAGUCGAUCCCAAACAAAUGCCGAAUUUGGCUUCCGGUUUGUACGUUAUGUCACGAAAAGAUGGUAUCAUCAAAUUGAACUCGUCCCCCAGUGGAAAACUAGCGGUCAAAGGAUCUCCGACGACGCAAAAUGUUGUAAUGGUUCCAAAUCGAGAUAAUUCCAACGUAAUAAGGAAACAAGUAAUCUCGACGUCGCAAUCCAAUUCGAUGACCCCUGUAAAAGUCGUCUCGAAGAUAGACGGGAGUCAAGUGGUAACGCAAAUGAAAGUGGUCACCUCUAAGGCCGUUACACCAAAGGUGGGGGGCAGCGUGCAAAAGAACGAACCUAUAAAGAUACAACCGAAACCGGAUCCGUCGCAAUUGCAACAGAUACAUGUCGUGACUGCAGUGCCGACACCGAUAACCUUGCAGCCGCGAAUAACUACGGGCACGAGACCUGCUUCUGUCACGCCUCAGCGAACGGUAGACGGUCGUCCCUUGCUACCUAGACCGACAUUGCGCCCGACGACGGCAACUAGCGUUCUUGGUACGAUUCGCUCACCCGUCAGGGCACCGGCACCGAGACAGAUUCAGACGCAAGUGACGACGCGUCCGAUGUUGCAGAAGCGUACAACGACGGUUGUCGCUGGCACGCAGCACCAGCAGCAGGCUGUUUCGCCGGUUGCCGCUGGCACGGUAACGCAAAUUAGGCCAAAAUUUACAAUGCUAGCGACAUCUCCGCAAUCGAAACAAGUGAUCAAAACUGGUACUAGCCCAGUGCAGCAACAACAAUCGCAACAGCAACAAACAAAACCGUCUCCGAAGACGUCAGUGGCUAAGACACAGUCGUUGUUAUCUCCACAGCAAAAGUUAUUAAUGGCAAAGAGAAAAGCUCAAGAGGCAGCAGGCAUAAUUAAACCGGGUGGUCGUGGACUUUUGGCAGGUGCUCGUGCCGUUGCGGGACGAGGCAAGGCGAAAGUAGGUACCGAGACACCUUCGACGAUAGCUCAGGCAGGAACCAAACCUCCUAAGGAAAGCAAAUUAGCGGAAGGUGAUGGACUUCACAUGGAAUUCCACGAAGUUGGCUCGGAGGAGAGCAGUAGCGAAGGCGAGCCGGAUCUUCCCCCUCCUUCCGAGGCAGAUGUUAUCACUGCUCCAGAGCCCGACAGCCCACCGCGUCCGUUUACGUUAUGCCCUCUGACGGGACGCAUAAUUGGGCCGGACGGUGAACCGAUCGAGCAACCAGGCGAAUCUGAAACACCUGGUGAAGCAACGGCAACAGCAAACUCGAGUGUGGCCAAAACAGCUACUAACGCGUCCGAAACUGUGACAGCGGACGCUACGGCUACGACUGUCGUCGCGGCCAACGCCCAUACCGGUACUAUUACUACCACCACCACCGCCGCCGCCGCCGCCACCGCCACCGCCACCGCUGCCGCCGCCGUCGUCGUCGUCACCGCCACCGCCGCAAACAGCACCAUUACUACAGCUGCGACUACCACGAUCGCUACGACUGCUGCUGCCGAAUUGGUUUUACCCUCCCUUGACUCGCUCACCGAAAGCGGUGGAAUUAUGAGAGUCGAGAUGAGUCCCGGCGGAACAACCGGCACUAUCGUCCAAGCCAGCGAAACGGCACAGAUUAAUCUGUCGAAUGUAACGAUACCUGCACCCGAUUUACCUUGUUUGGACGAUACCGCUUCUACAGUAGCGGCGACCGUAUCCACAGCAACACCUUUGACAGAAACCGUUGCUCCUAGCUCUGCUGAAACAUCGAUUACUACGGCAUUGUCGACAGUUCCGACAACGUCUACCGUUACUAUGUCUGUGACAUCGACAGACGUUAAAAACGAUGAAAAGAUCUCGGAAGAGAGAAAAGCAACGACGGACGACGCGUCCAAUCUGGUUACUAUAGCCGACCACGCCGGCGUCGUCUAUCAAGUCGCGGGCCAAGGCGAGGAUGGACAGACUCUCCUCGUGACACAUGCCGAUGGUGAGCAACAAUGUGUAUACGUCACCACCGAGCAGCAAGGAGACGAUGGCUCGGUCUUAACGUUGGACCAUGCAGUCGCCGAAGCUGUAGCACAACUGAUCCCUGAUCAAGUUAAUCUCACGCCCCAGUUUUACGUAAAGGAGGAUGGAACAGAACCGACUGAAAAUUCAAUGGUCAUGUCUAUAAUGGAUAACGCGAAUGCGACCGAUGUAACUGGGACUCAAGAGGAUAACGAUGGACAGGCACAAGUUAUAGCUCAAGUUGUACAAGCCGAAGAACCCACUCCAGGUGGAACCAGGAGGGUAGUUCUCCUCUUACCAGAUGGAAAUUUAAUGAUGACCGAAGUGGAUGAAGAGCAAUACGCUGCUCUGGAACUUGAUAAGUGAACACAGAUAUCAUUUUGCGCAUAUGCUAAUAAAAUCCAAUGGCAAUGCAUCGAAUUGCAUGUUACGCGCAUAUUGUACGUUUAAAAUGUGAUCGUAAAUUGUAUAUAUGUAAGAACGUUCACUUCGUACAAUUGCACAUUGAUAACAUCUUAAUAUUCAGUGACUAAAAUAGAUAUUGUAAGGCGAAGAGAUAGCUGAUAUAAUGUAAAAAAAGAUCAGCACCAAGAAAAAUCUAAAUUUUAGAUUAAAUAAAAAAAAAGAAAUGUGUUUAUACAUACAUACGUUUAUACAUAUAUAUGUGUAUGUACAUAUGUAUGUAUGUAUGUGUGCGUGUUUUGUGUGGAGGGGAGGGGAGAGUGCAUGUGUAUAUGUACACACAUACAUAUAUAUGUAUAAAUGUCUUACUGUAAAACAAUUUGCAGACAUCUCCAUUUUUGUGUUGAACUCUUAUAACAUCGGAUAGCACAGCGAAACACAAAGAUAUAAAAUCAAUACUUUUAAUGCAGUGAUAUCAUUAUAGUAUGUGCGGCAACGUAAGCAUUGUAUUUGUAGAAUAGUAAAGUAUAAUAUGGGAUUUUAUAUUUUCCAAUCAAUAAUAAGCUUUGGUAAACAAAAAUUUUAUUCCAUACAUACAAAGUCCAAGGUGAUGAUACGAUACGGUCAUGUCAGAUGCACCUGUGACAUAAAUUGGAUUCAUUCAAUUAAUAUAAAUAUAAAGCAAAUAUAAAGAAUACUGCAUUACUAUUUAUCAAAACGCAAAUUUCUUUUUCUUCAUUUUAUCUCAAAGGUGCACGAGUAUGACUAAAAUGAUGUAUUUUCUAUAUGAAUUAUGCUGUCUGAUAGUUUAUGUAUGCCAUAUUUGUUUCGUGAUCGUAACGUAUGGUUUUAUAACAAAUUUGAUUGGAUGCAUUAAUGUGCGUUGCAAAGGUUUGAAAGUGGCAUAACGUUAAAUCAUUUGAAAAUAUAAUAUAAGCAUUUUUAUUGACGACGAAAAAUUUGAAGGAACGGAGUUGCAAUGUAUAAAAUCUAUUAAAUGCAAUAAAUGAUUUUGAUAAUGAGCAUCUCUCGCGCAGAUCGAAUGCACUCUGCGUAAUGUAUAUAAAUUUAUGUUGGGACACCCUUAAAUAUUAGCUAGGUCUCUCUCACACACACACAUACAUACACACACUAAUGCAUCCAGCCAAUUUUGCUAUUGCAUUACAUGGACUGUGUGUGCUUAUCUAUAGAAUAAAUAAGUGCACUCUAAUGAAAUACACUUAUAAUUUCUGAACCUAUAAAGCUUAUAAAAUACAAUGUUGUUGAACGGAGUAUCUCGAUUUGCGUUCCAUCAUUAAACCCGUUCUUAUUUGAGUAGUUGCAGGUAAUCCUGUAAGAUAUGCAAAAUAGUUAUGACGCUGUCACGCACGGAAUAACUGAUAAUAAAAAUUUAAUCCCGACAUACUAUUUAUAUGAUAUAUAUUGUACGAAAUAAAUAAUUGUAAUUCUCUCAUGCGAAA